AUGACUACUCAUGCUAUGCGGCAAACAAGGCAAUCAGCCGUAAACAAAAAUGGAGAAGGUGCUAAGAACAACUUAGGUAGUGUUCCAAGAACUCUAGCUGUUUUUCUGAAAGUUGACCCACCGUUUUUCAAUGGAUCGACAAAUCCUACUGAAGCAGACAACUGGUUCCAAGCUGUGGAGCAUGCAUUGCAAACUCAACAUGUACCAUAUGAUCAAUUCGUGGAAUAUGCAGCUUAUCAACUAGUGGGAGAAGCUCGGCAAUGGUGGCAGGGAGAGCGACGACUGCUAUACCAACAAAAUAUGGACAUUACAUGGGAGUUAUUCCAGACAGCUUUCUAUAAUAAGUACUUUUAUGAGUCAAUAAGGGAGGCCAGAGAGUUGGAGCUCUUAUAG